GCUCCGGACAGCGUCGCUGCAGCUCUGGCAGCGGAGCCCGCGCGCGGAGCCCGGAAGGAUGCGGCGCCCGCGGCGGCCUGGGGGUCCCGGGGGAUCCGGGGGUCUCCGGGUGCUCCUCUGCCUCCUGCUGCUGAGCAGCCGCCCGGGAGGCUGCAGCGCCAUUAGUGCCCACGGCUGUUUGUUUGAUCGCAGACUCUGCUCUCACCUGGAAGUCUGCAUUCAGGAUGGCUUGUUUGGACAGUGCCAGGUGGGAGUGGGGCAGGCCCGGCCCCUUUUGCAAGUCACCUCCCCAGUUCUUCAACGCUUACAAGGUGUGCUUCGACAGCUCAUGUCCCAAGGAUUGUCCUGGCACGAUGACCUCACCCAGUAUGUGAUCUCCCAGGAGAUGGAACGCAUCCCCAGGCUUCGCCCCACGGAGCCCCGUCCAAGGGACAGAUCUGGCUUGGUGCCCAGGAGACCGGGUCCCACUGGGGAGCUGCUUUUACAAGGCAUCCCCACUGGCUCCGCCCCUGUUGCCCAGCACCGGCUUCCUCGACCUCCAGUGGGCGGGGGUGGAGCUGGGGCGGGCUCCCCCCUGUCCCCUCUGCAGGCUGAGCUGUUGCCCCCUCUCUUGGAGCAUCUGCUGCUGCCCCCGCAGCCCCCUCACCCUGCCCUGAGUUAUGAACCUGCCCUGCUGCAGCCCUACCUGUUCCAUCAGUUUGGCUCCCGUGAUGGCUCCCGGGGUUCCGAGAGUUCCCCAGGGAUGGUCAGUGUCGGCCCCCUGCCCAAGGCCGAACCCCCUGCCCUUUUCAGCAGAACUGCCUCCAAGGGCAUGUUUGGGGCUCACCCUGGCCACUCCUAUGGGGACCCUCCAGGGCCUUCACCUGCUCAGCUUUUCCAGGAGUCAGGGCUGCUCUACCUGGCCCAGGAGUCGCCAGUGCCCAGCAGGGCCAGGGCACCAAGGCUGCCAGAGCAAGGGGGCAGCAGCCGGGCAGAGGACUCCUCAGAGGGCUAUGAGGAGGACGGACUGGAGGGUCACGGGGAGAGGCCUCCUUCCCCAGCAGAGCAGCCAGCAGAUGUGACUCUGCAGAGGCUGGCAGCUGUGCUGGCAGGCUAUGGGGUGGAGCUGCGUCAGCUGACCCCUGAGCAGCUCUCCACCCUCUCGACUCUGCUGCAGCUCCUGCCCAAGGGCUCAGGACGAAAUCUGGGAGGGCUUCUAAACGUUGGAGCUGACAUCAAGAAAACAAUGGAGGAGCAGGUGCAGGGUGGAGACACGGCGGAGCCUCCGCCCCCCACGCCCUCCCUGCCUGGAUACCCCACUGCCAGCCCCGCCUCCGAUAAAGCCCAGCAGGUGCCUACCUCUGGAUCCUCUGAGCCCCUCAAAGCUGCUGUCCCCCCUGCCACACCUGUCCUGCUGGAGAAGAAAAGUCCACUGGGCCACAGCCAGCCCACGGUGGCAGGGCAGCCCUCAGCUCGGCCGUCAGCGGAGGAGUAUGGCUACAUUGUCACAGACCAGAAGCCCCUGAGUCUGGCUGCAGGAGUGAAGCUGCUGGAGAUCCUGGCUGAGCAUGUGCACGUGUCCUCAGGCAGCUUCAUCAACAUCAGUGUGGUGGGACCAGCCCUCACCUUCCGCAUCCGGCACAAUGAUCAGAACCUGUCUUUGGCUGAUGUGGCCCAGCAAGCUGGGCUGAUGAAGUCUGAACUAGAAGCACAGACAGGACUCCAGAUCUUGCAGACAGGAGUGGGACAGAGGGAGGAGGCAGCUGCAGCCCUUCCCCGAGCGGCCCACAGCACCUCUCCCAUGCGCUCUGUGCUGCUCACUCUGGUGGCCCUGGCGGGUGUGGCUGGGCUGCUAGUGGCUCUGGCAGUGGCUCUGUGUGUGCGGCAGCAGGCAAGGCAGCGGGACAAAGAGCGCCUGGCAGCCCUGGGACCUGAGGGGGCCCACGGAGACACUACCUUUGAGUACCAGGACCUGUGCCGCCAGCACAUGGCCACAAAGUCCCUGUUCACCCGGGCAGAGGGUCCGCCUGAGCCUUCUCGGGUGAGCAGCGUGUCCUCCCAGUUCAGCGAUGCGGCCCAGGCCAGCCCCAGCUCCCACAGCAGCACGCCGUCCUGGUGCGAGGAGCCCGCCCAGGCCAACAUGGACAUCUCCACGGGACACAUGAUUCUGGCGUACAUGGAGGACCACCUGCGGAACCGGGACCGACUGGCCAAGGAGUGGCAGGCCCUGUGUGCCUACCAGGCAGAGCCCAACACCUGUGCCACCGCCCAGGGGGAGGGCAACAUCAAAAAGAACCGCCACCCCAACUUCCUGCCCUAUGACCACGCUCGCAUCAAGCUGAAGGUGGAGAGCAGCCCUUCUCGGAGCGAUUACAUCAACGCCAGCCCCAUUAUUGAGCACGACCCUCGGAUGCCAGCCUACAUAGCCACGCAGGGCCCGCUGUCCCAUACCAUCGCAGACUUCUGGCAGAUGGUGUGGGAGAGUGGCUGCACCGUUAUCGUCAUGCUGACCCCACUGGUGGAGGAUGGCGUCAAGCAGUGUGACCGCUACUGGCCAGAUGAGGGCUCCUCCCUGUACCACGUAUAUGAGGUGAACCUGGUGUCGGAGCACAUCUGGUGCGAGGACUUCCUGGUGCGGAGCUUCUACCUGAAGAACGUGCAGACCCAGGAGACGCGCACGCUCACGCAGUUCCACUUCCUCAGCUGGCCGGCAGAGGGCACUCCGGCCUCCACGCGGCCGCUGCUCGACUUCCGCAGGAAGGUGAACAAGUGUUACCGGGGCCGUUCCUGCCCCAUCAUUGUGCACUGCAGUGACGGGGCAGGAAGAACUGGCACCUACAUCCUCAUUGACAUGGUACUGAACCGCAUGGCAAAAGGAGUGAAGGAGAUUGACAUCGCUGCCACCCUGGAGCAUGUCCGUGACCAGCGGCCUGGCCUCGUCCGCUCUAAGGACCAGUUUGAAUUUGCCCUGACAGCUGUCGCGGAGGAGGUGAACGCCAUCCUCAAGGCCCUGCCCCAGUGAGAGGCCUGGGGCCCCUCUGUGGCCGUCCCAGCCUCUGCUCCCUCUUUGCCUGUGUGAGCAUCUGUCUGUGUACCCACUCCUCACUCCCCCACCCGCCACCGUGGCCCUUCUUGGGCAUGUCCAGCCCUUCCGAGAGGAGUGUGUAAGGAAGGGGAAGUGGGAAGGGGCAGACCUGCCCAGCCUCUCGCAUGCCGGGGCCAGACAUCCCACGGGGGAGCUGGCAGCUGGCCAGGAGGAGAGGAAAGUUACUGGCAGCAAUUCCACCCAGAGCCUUCUCCCGCCUGAGUUCCCUGGCCCCCAUCUCCCGCCGUUCUGGAUGCUCCCAAUAUGUCCGUGUGAUGCCCCCAUCCUCCAGUGUGGACAGAACAGGGUGGAGGGGCCGCCACACCCAGCUCUUGCUGCUUUCUGGGCCCCCGCUGCCCACUGUCCUGCCUCCGUGACCCACACUCUGGUCCCUGCCGUUCCUGCCCCCUGGCAGGCCUCCUCCCCCUGCCUCCCACCUCGUGCCACUCAACUCUCUCCCUCUGGCGCAAGAGAACAUUUCUAGAAAAAUCUACUUUUGUAUCAAUGUGAAUAAAGUAAGUGUGUCGUGUGUGCAGCUGCAACGCA